AUGGAGUGUGGGGGCGGGGAGCUGUCUGACAGCGGUAGCAGUGGCUACUGGAGCUGGGACCAUGGCAACAUUAGUCCCGCCCCGUCCCUGUCCGUCACCGAGAUGGACAGCAGCCCCGACGAAGGACUGCACAUGGAGCUGGAGCAGGGGGUGGGGCUACAUGCAGCCAAGAGGUCAAAGGUGAGGGGGGAGGAGACUGUCGCCAUGGCGUUAGAGAGAGAAAGAGGGUGUUGAAGAAUCGGUGCUAGCUGAUAGGUUUGUUUAGAGAGUCUGGUAUUUAAAAAACUGUCACUUAUCCUCACGUUCAUUCUCAAUCUCUAUUUGAGUGCUGAGCGAUAAGUGCUAUUUGAGGUUGGUUCGGUUUUGGUUUGGUUAUUAAAAAAUAAUCAGAAUUUUCGGUUUCAAUUUAUUAUAUUUUUUACAUUAAAUGCAUUAUAGGCAAUAGUGACAUUAAAAUAAUUGUAGAGCUUUUUAAUGGACAUUCCAAAGCCUGAAAUAGUAAACAUUCAGUUGCCAGAACAUUCCAUAGUCACUGUCAGGUCCACAUUGGGUAGACAUCAAUAGAAAACAGGAAAUGACUAUGAAAUAAAAUGUUAUCUGUGUGUAUGACUUAGUUUUAUUUGAUGACUUUAUCAUUUUUCAUUCCUUAAAGUCAUCAUCUCAUCUCUGCUCAGGCUGUAGCAGCCAGCCAGACAACCAUCUCACGUUAUCUCUGUGCUCCCCGUACUGUCCUGUCUAUAGUCAUUCUAUUUAGCUAGGGUAGCCUGUCUAAGUAUACUGCAGAGCUGUCUGACAAAAUAAUUUGACUAGUUCUUCAAAAUACAUAAGGCAUACUUUCAAGACUGCUUAUUCCUAACUCCUACAUCUAUCAAUUGGGUAUUUGUAUUUGUAUUUCUUAAGGAUCCCUAUUAGUUCCUGCCAAGGCAGCAGCUACUCUUCCUGGGGUCCUGCAACAUUAAGGCAGUUAUAUACAAUUAAAAAUAUUACAUGACAUUAUAUUUCAUAACACUUUACCCAAUACAUUUAGUGUGUUCCCUCAGGCCACUACUCCACUAUCACAUAUCUACCAUACAACAUCCAUGUGUACGUGUGUGUAGAGUGAGUGUCUAUAUGUAUGUGUGUAUGUACCUGUGUGUGUGUCUCUUCACAGUCCCCGCUGUUCCACAAGGUGUAUUUUUACCUGUUUUUUAAAAUCUGAUUCUACUGCUUGCAUCAGUUACUUGAUGUGGAAUAGAGUUCCAUGUAGUCAUGGCUCUGUGUAGUACUGUGCGCCUCCCAUAGUCUGUUCUGGACUUGGGGACUGUGAAGAGACCUCUGGUGGCAUGUCUUGUGGGGUAUGCAUGGGUGUCUGAGCAGUGUGCCAGUAUUCCAAACAGACACCUCGGUACAUUUAUCUCGUCGACACCUCUCACAAAAAUAAGCAGUGAUGAAGUCAAUCUCUCUUCCACUCUGAGCCAGGAGAGACUGACAUGCAUGUCAUUAAUGUUAGCUCUCCGUGUACUUUUAAGGGCCAGCCGUGCUGCCCUGUUCUGAGCCAACUGCAAUUUUCCCAAGUCCCUCUUUGUGGCCUGUAGGACCUGCCUUGUUGAUAGUGUUGUUAAGAAGGCAGAGCAGCGCUUAAUUAUGGACAGACUUCUCCCCAUCUUAGCUACUGUUGUAUCAAUAUGUUUUGACCAUGACAGUCUACAAUCCAGCGUUACUCCAAGCAGUUUAGUCACCUCAACUUGCUCAAUUUCCACAUUAUUCAUUACGAGAUGUAGUUGAGGUUUAGGGUUUAGUGAAUGAUUUGACCCAAAUACAAUUGCUUUUAGUUUUGGAAAUAUUUAGGACUAACUUAUUCCUUGCCACCCAUCCUUGCCAGUGGCAUGUCGUUAGUAAAGAUUGAAAAAAGUAAAGGGGCCUAGACAGCUGCCCUGUGGAAUUCCUGAUUCUACCUGGAUUAUGUUGGAGAGGCUUCCAUUAAAGAACACGCUCUGUGUUCUGUUAGACAGGUAACUCUGUAUCCACAUUAUAGCAGGGGGUGUAAAGCCAUAACACAUAAGUUUACGUGUAUAGUGUUGAGUCAUCCGCAUACAUAGACACACUGGCCAGUGGCAUGUCGUUAGUAAAAGAUAGGUAGAGCUCCCUCACCAACUGUCUCUAUCCCCUCUCCGUUCUGCCCAGCGUCCCACAUAGUUCUUGACUUAAUGAAUUAUUUGAUUUCUCUUUAGAGAAAUGGCGCGUUGAGCUCACAAAAAAAAACGGAACUAAAUGGAAUUGAAGUAUUUGAACCGACGUCGGUCAAUUAGUUGUUUAAUAACCUGAAAAAACCUGACAUCUCAGUUAAUCGCUCAGCACUACUAUAGUUUCCUCUCUCUCUCUCUUUCUCUCAAUUCAAUUCAAUUUCAAUUCAAGGGCUUUAUUGGCAUGGGAAACGUAUGUUAAUAUUGCCAAAGCAAGUGAAGUAGAUAGUAAACAAAAGUGAAAUAAACAAUAAAUAUUAACAGUAAACAUUACACUCAGAAGUUUCAAAAGAAUAAAGACAUUUCAAAUGUCAUAUUAUGUAUAUAUACAGUGUUGUAACAAUGUGCAAAUAGUUAAAGUACAAAUGGGAAAAUAAAUAAACAUAAAUAUGGGUUGUAUUUACAAUCUCUCUGUCUCUCUCUCUCUCUCUCUCUCUCUCUCUCUCUCUCUCUCUCUCUCUCUCUCUCUCUCUCUCUCUCUCUCUCUGAUCACAGAGUUCUUUCAGAGGAGCAUACAGGUGUCUUUGGCCCAGCUGUGGCAAGGUGCUCACGUCUUCAGUUGGGAUGAAGAGACACGUUCGUGUGCUGCACCUGGGGUGAGAUCUCUUCUCAGACAGCUGGUUUAGAGAAAUGCAUGCAUUCAUGUAGCCUGUAUAAGUAUUAACUCAAACAUUACAUUUGUUAACUUACUCUCGCUCCUUUGUCUAUCCCUUCCACAUUCAUACACGCACGUACGCACGCACGCACGCACGCACACACAUACCAAAACCCUACACACACACAGCAGUGGAUCGGAGCAGUCCCACAGAGAGGAGGACUUCUACUACACUAAGAUCUCCUGUGAAGCUCCACCAGCCCCCGCCCCGACCUCGUCCCCUCACAUCCCCUGGGCGUCCUGUGGCUCCCCUCCAGGCCCUGGUCCAGGUCCCGGUCUCCAGAUCCCCUCCUCUACCUCUUCCUCACCCUCCGGGUCAGGGAGCUCCAGGCCCAGCUCAGCCCCAGGGUCAGCCCCAGGCCAGCCCAGCCCUCUCAGCAAGUCUGCCCCCAGCUCCUUCUGGCAGAUACAGACAGACCACCUCUAUCAGGUAGGUUUCCCUGGCCUGCAGAGUGUAUGCAAGGCAGUGGUGUUGCCUUCUUCAAUUAUAUGAUUAUGCGUUGUUUAGAACAGCUAGACAUCUUGAAAAGGGGCGGAGUUUAACUAGAAUGGCUGUAAAAUAAAUGUAUGGGAGUUUGAGAGAUGUCUGGUCUGUUGAUGUGUCUUCCUCCACUCCAGGUGACGGUGUCCUGUCGCAGCCCCUCCCCCGGUUGUUGGACCCCUCCCCCUCUCACCGUCUCUAACCAGCACAGCCAUCACAACUCCCAGGUACGUCUGCUCUCUUCUCCUCCUCCUGGUUAACCUCAACCCCAGCCAUCACAACUCCCAGGUACGUCUGCUCUCUUCUCCUCCUCCUGGUUAACCUCAACCCCAGCCAUCACAACUCCCAGGUACGUCUGCUCUCUUCUCCUCCUCCUGGUUAACCUCAACCCCAGCCAUCACAACUCCCAGGUACGUCUGCUCUCUUCUCCUCCUCCUGGUUAACCUCAACCCCAGCCAUCACAACUCCCAGGUACGUCUGCUCUCUUCUCCUCCUCCUGGUUAACCUCAACCCCAGCCAUCACAACUCCCAGGUACGUCUGCUCUCUUCUCCUCCUCCUGGUUAACCUCAACCCCAGCCAUCACAACUCCCAGGUACGUCUGCUCUCUUCUCCUCCUCCUGGUUAACCUCAACCCCAGCCAUCACAACUCCCAGGUACGUCUGCUCUCUUCUCCUCCUCCUGGUUAACCUCAACCCCAGCCAUCACAACUCCCAGGUACGUCUGCUCUCUUCUCCUCCUCCUGGUUAACCUCAACCCCAGCCAUCACAACUCCCAGGUACGUCUGCUCUCUUCUCCUCCUCCUGGUUAACCUCAACCCCAGCCAUCACAACUCCCAGGUACGUCUGCUCUCUUCUCCUCCUCCUGGUUAACCUCAACCCCAGCCAUCACAACUCCCAGGUACGUCUGCUCUCUUCUCCUCCUCCUGGUUAACCUCAACCCCAGCCAUCACAACUCCCAGGUACGUCUGCUCUCUUCUCCUCCUCCUGGUUAACCUCAACCCCAGUCGUUCCUUCCAGGUCUCUCCAGAAGGAGAAUAUCUUGUGAUAUCUGUCUGACAUCUAUCUCCUGGUUAACAACAGAGCACCAGUAGGACAACAGGUGGAUGUGAUAAUAAUUGUGACUAUUUAAGGAUUUCUUAUUACAAGAGAUGCCAUACUUAACUAAAAAUAAGUAUUCCUCCUCCCUCCUCCUCUCUUCUCCCCUCCCCCCUGCUCCCUCUCUCCUGCCAACUACAGGUGGUGAGGGGUCGCUGCAGGUCUGUGAGUGUAGGAGAGCAGUGGCUUCAACAGAACAGCGCCACCAGCAGGUUGACCACCGUGACUGCAGACUCCCCGUCACGCUCUCACUGCUCCUUC